AAAGAACUGCAAACAACUGGGUUGAAGCCUUCCUUUGUCCAAACCCAGCCUCUUCUUCCUGUGAUGUCAUAUUACAAAUCUGGGAAGCCUUUCUUGCUCACUUCAGAGACAGCCCAUCUCACAAUACAGCUGGCAACCUCCGAAAGGCCUCUCCAGUCAGCAAGCGCUAACAUGCUUAGGAAUUUAUCUGGGAUCCUUUAAACGACUGCCUAUCGCCAUCCGGAAUCAAUGUAGAAAUACAAAGUCUGAGAAUAAAAAGAAGGAAGAAGUACCCGAGGACGACGGACGGGCGGACGGACGCACAGCGAGUGUUUGUGACUGAAGUAAGGCUGGUUUGGACCUUGGCGGCUGAAGCACAAGUUCCCAUGUGGACUGGUCUUGUCCGACUUGGAACAGUUUUUCCUUACACUUUCAGCUUUAUGGGUUGGCUUCCUUGACUGCAUUUUCUGUCAGUUAACUAAACUCCGGACUCAUGGAUUUUCUCGACCAGAAAAUCAGACUAUUUUCCUGAAUAAUCUACUAGAAACUCGGAACACAUUUCAUGUUUCCUUUGAAGAGUUAAGAGAAGAAAGUAUAAGAACAGGAAAAGAAACAAAUAAUUUGCAAAUAAAUUGGCUGCUGCUGUGACCACAUCUGAACACCAAGGGCGAUCGAUCGAGCGCUGCAGACAAAAGGACUCCUGUAAGCUGUACUGCCCGACAAUGGUAAGCUCCAACGGCUCCCACUGCCCUUACGACGACUCCUUUAAGUACACUUUGUAUGGGUGCAUGUUCAGCAUGGUGUUUGUGCUUGGGCUGAUAUCCAACUGUGUUGCGAUAUACAUUUUCUUCUGUGCCCUCAAAGUGAGAAAUGAAACUACAACAUACAUGAUUAACCUGGCAAUGUCAGAUUUACUUUUUGUCUUCACUUUGCCAUUUCGGAUUUUUUACUUUGCAACACGGAAUUGGCCAUUUGGAGAUCUGCUCUGUAAGAUUUCAGUAAUGCUGUUUUACACCAAUAUGUAUGGAAGCAUUCUGUUCUUAACCUGUAUCAGUGUAGAUCGAUUUCUGGCAAUCGUCUACCCAUUUAAGUCAAAGACUUUAAGAACUAAACGAAAUGCAAAGAUCGUUUGCAUUGCUGUGUGGUUCACAGUGAUGGGAGGAAGUGCGCCUGCAGUUUUCUUUCAGUCGACCCACUCUCAGGGGAACAAUACCUCAGAAGCCUGCUUUGAGAACUUCCCAGCGGCCACAUGGAAAACUUAUCUCUCCAGGAUUGUGAUUUUCAUUGAAAUAGUGGGCUUUUUUAUCCCUCUCAUUUUGAACGUAACUUGUUCUAGUAUGGUGCUAAGAACUUUAAAUAAACCUGUUACAUUAAGUAGAAGCAAAAUGAACAAAACUAAGGUUUUAAAAAUGAUUUUUGUCCACUUGGUCAUCUUCUGUUUCUGUUUUGUGCCCUACAACAUCAACCUCAUUUUGUACUCGCUCAUGAGGACGCAGACCUUUGUUAACUGCUCCGUGGUGGCGGCAGUGAGGACCUUGUACCCCAUCACUCUCUGCAUCGCAGUCUCCAACUGCUGCUUUGACCCUAUUGUUUACUACUUCACCUCAGACACAAUUCAGAACUCAAUAAAAAUGAAAAACUGGUCGGUUAGAAGAAGUGACUCCAGGUUCUCUGAAGUUCAGGGCACCGAGAAUUUUAUCCAACACAACCUACAGACCUUAAAAAAUAAGAUAUUUGAUAAUGAAUCUGCAAUAUAAGCUGCCUGACUAAGCCACUGGGACUGCUCCGUGUUCAACUGUGAAAACUGUGUUCUUGGGAACUAUCUCUCCAGCUCCAACUGAAAAUAUUUUUAAAGGAAGUUUGUGUCUGAUAUGUUAAACAUUAAAAUAUAUUCUAUUCUUGUAUGCACGCCAUUUUGCUUUCUUGAACCACUUUAACGUGUUCUUUCCUCAUUAAAAAAA